AUGGAGACUCCAAAACAAGCAAGCUGGGUCAUCAGAAAGAUUUUUGAAGCAAGAAAGUGGCUGACAAAUGGAGUGCAAGAGCUGGAAACAUAUGUGGAGAAAGGGAAGUAUAGCAUAAAGAAAGCAUACAUAAGUCAAAUGCAACAGUAUGCAAAGCCGAGCUGGAAAAGCCUAUAUCUAACUAAAGGACUUAUGCCAAGGCAUCAGUUCAUAAUGUGGAUGGCAUUACACCAAAAGUUAGCGACUGUGGAAAGAGUAAUCAAAUGGGGCAUCAAUGUAGCAAAGGAAUGUGUAUUGUGCACAAGUGGAAAAGAUGAGACUAUGGAACAUCUAUUCUUUGAGUGUGCAUAUUCAAAAUUUGUGUGGGAUCAACUUCUGCAGCUGUUUGAAAUCAAUAGAACAGUAGGAAAUUGGCAAGAGGAGGUCAACUGGAUGACAAUGAAAACAAAGAAAAGAGAUAUGAAAUGGACAAUUCUGGGCAAUGCUUUUGCUGCUACAGUGUACCAAAUAUGGAGGGAACGAAACUUUAGAAGAUUUCAACAAAUCAGCAGAGAAAGUAAAGAUUUAGUUAGAGAUAUAGUACUUCAUUUACAUAUGAGAGAAGAGAAUUAUUGUAAAUGGAAAGGAGUAUUAGAAAAGAUAGAUAGAUUCCCAUGCUAG